UCAUUGUCCAGUAGCGAAAUAAUAGCGAUGCUUCAUAAAGAAGAUAAAAAAAUGGGUUAUUAAAAAAAAAUUACAAAAGAGAUAGCCAAAAAUUCACCCAACCUAGCCAAAAAGCCAAAAAAUAGAACUCCAUUAAUAACUUAAAACUGGAGAAGUAGAACAAGAUUAGAAAACAAAUUGACAAAAUCAAGGAAUAAGACGUUGAAUUUCCCUAUGAUUCUUACAGACAAAGGUCCUGUGUUUCAUCGCACACGAGCCAUCAAAUUUCCUCUUGUUUUUUUUGGGAACGUGAUAUCCAUAUGUUGUCACCCUCGAAAGGGUUUUUGACGACAUGACUAAUCUUUGGCUGACUUAGAAGAGGCACCCACCCCAAAAACCUUCUAACCCGCACUUGAUUAAGCCCCACUUAAGAAGCGCUGUCGCUCAAGAAGAAUCAAACACAAGUUGAUCAUUGAUAGGCGAGAGGGUACCGAACCGUACUCGUCCAUCAACCAAGCUAAAUAACGGUGAGUAAAGUGCGGGCCAGGAGGCAGAACUCCAUCAAUAUCAGAAACGAAAAUCAACAUUUGUUAAGAGUUUUGGCUUCAGUAAGGAGGAAGAAGAAGCUAUAAGCGUACUGAUAGCCAGGCCUUUUAAAUUUUAUCUCCAGUUUUUAUUACAAAAAAUACAAUUGGAAUGCACAUAAAUAUUACGUACUAAAAAAAAUCAUCAUUGCAAGACAAUCUAAUGAAGAAAAUGUGAAACGAAGUUUUCGUUAUUACAAAGGAACAUUGUGCAGAGUACUAUAGAAAGACCCAAUUUUCUACCCAAUAAAAAAGAUUUUAAUGAAGGAUCCUUUGUCCCAUCCAUGAAAAUAAGAGUUCGAGUCCCAAUAAAUCAUGUUACCAGGCGCAAUGCUUCCAUCAAGUGCCAUGCUAGCAAUAGAUUCCAAGUCCCAGUCAUUAUCAUUGAUGAUAUUUUUUAAGAGAGAAGAGGAGGGCCUAGGAAUGGAAAGAUUAUUCUAUGCGGAUCAUCCAUAGACAAAUCAUAUGCAUCCAUGUCAUCCAGUGCCGAGUAGUACUGAGCUCGGUACCGACCAGUACCGAGGUCAAUAUCGAGCUAAAAAAAUUACUUAUCUGAAUUGUUCAAGCUCUUCUGCCCAUACUUCAUUUACUUAUCUGACCAUGAAGCAAUAAUUAAGAGGUCGUUUGACUGCAGGAGUGUAACAUAUAUACAUAUAGAUAUUCAAUUUUUUGUGUUAGUUUCAAGUAAUUUAAAUACAAAAUAUGUGUAAGGAAUUUGUUGGGUAAGCUAAACUCCUUAUAUUUAAAAAUGAAAUAAAAGAACGCAACAAAUAAUAUUUAUUUACCCUUAUAACAUCUAAUUCCUCCUUUUCCACUCACUGGGCAUCUCUCCUACCCUGAAUUGGAAGUAAAGUAUCCAUUCUUGUUAAUAGUCAAAUGCCCAACUCUUAAAAAAUUAGUAACAGCAAUCAGAAGCACUGGGCAUGGAGCUGGAAGUAAGAGUCAGAAUAACAAGAGAUACAGGAGAUCUCACCUUCGCUUCUACUGAAACUGAAGCUGUCUUCAUCCUCGCUGCUCACCUACCAGGUCACCAGAACAUUUUCCAUCUGAAUCUUAUACUUCUCUCUUGUUCAUUCCAUUUUCUAUCUGAUUUUUGAAAGCAUUGGAGCCAAGUGCAGGUUUCACGAAAGAUGAGAUCGAGGUAGCCAUGAACGAGGGGGAUAGCCAGAUUAUUAUCAGAGGAGGAGGUCACAUUGCUUUCCGAGAGGCUGUGAUCACGAGCAGAGUAGCCAUAACUCGGGAGGUCUCAAUUGAAUGUUUUGAUGAGUCAUUUCCUGUUCCUGAUAGUGUGGAUUUGGAUGGUAUUGACGCUUGGUUUGAUGAAGAAGAGAAGAUUCUCAUCAUUUCAAUUCCGAAAUUGUUAACGAAUGAGUGCUCCAGGAUAGGAGAAGAAGAAACUGUAGAGCGUCCAAUUCAAGAGGAACGACAAGUCUGUAAAGAGUUGGUUCGAGGACAAACACUAGAACCGACAGAAGAAAAGAAUGGAGAGUCUGAGCUGCAAGGUCUGACGAGGCCACUUAAAGUAAAGCAACAACAGGCACCUGCAGAUAUACCGCAUUUGCCUCCCAUGCCAGGAGAAUUGAUACGACACUCACCUGCAGAAGAACAGCAACAAACAGGAGCAGCAGAUGCGGAGAACAAAAUUGCUGCUCUUCCUCAGCAUCCUGAAUCCGAGUACUCGCAAAUAAUGCAAGUGGCAGAACAAAGGUUGGAUCAAGAAGAAGAAGAUGAAGCAGCUCGAGAACAUAUAACACCCAAGGUGAAGAGGCCAAUGCAAAAUGAAGUCAAAAUGACAGCCAUGGAAGAUGAUAUUAAUGCUUCAGAGAAAGUUUGUUUUGCGCCUACCGGAUUUAAGAAGCCAACGGAAAGGACAGAAGCUGAGGCACCAAGAAUUGCAGAAUAUAGCGGAUCAGAAGAACAAAACAUAGAGUUCAAUCCAUCCAAAAAACAAGCGCAAGAACACAAGAUCCCUAGGAUAGACAAGCCGCAUGAGACACCUGAACAAUGUCCUGAGAAAAAACAGGAGCAAAUAAUACAUGAAGAACAGAAAAUACCUACAAUGAAAUCAAUGGAUGUGGAGCAUGCAGCAAUGGAAUUACCAAAACCAAGAGAACCCAGUCAUUUUGUCGAAGUUCAGCAGAAAUGUAAGACACUUGAUGUAACAGAACCGGAGAACAGCGAACCGCCAAAGGUGAAGGGAACAGCUCAACAGUUCCAUCCAGAAAAAGAAGAAGAAGAGCAAAACCAAAAGAAGUCACGAGUCAAGGAACCUGAUCAGGUGCAGGAAACUAAACAGCAGACUGAAUCAAAAAAGGAAUACGAAGAUGUACAUACUGAAAAAUACAGAGAGAUAAAACGUGAGAAACCAGAAGUGAAGACAGCCGAUGAAGUGCUAGAAGCAGCAGAACUGUUUGAAACAAAAAAAGAAGAGAGAGAAUUACAAAAGGAGCAAGACGAAGAAAAGCUAAAUGGAGGUCCAGCAUAUGAGAAGCCAACAUCUGCAGAGUGGUCAGAAACAAGAAAAACAGAAAUAGAACUUCAAGGAACCAAGGAAGAUGAAAAGCACAUAUUAACGGGCACUGACAUAGAAAAAAGGCCGUCACUUGAAACAAAGGAAGGGUCUCAAGAUGACUAUCAGAAAGAGGAAAAAAUUAAACAAUGCCUUGAGAAGCCUACAGAGAAACCAUCUCAACAAGUUAAGGAAGAGGCAAAACAACAAAAAUCAAAAGAAAAAGCAGAGAAAGAAAUGCAUCAAACAGAAGAGGAAUGGUUACAGGAAAAAAAUAAUCAUACAGAAGAGCUGCCACAUGAUAAACCUAAGACUGAAAAAUUGCCAGAGCCAAGAGAACUUCAUCAACAGGAUGGAAAACCUCAAUUUGAGAUAUCUGAUCAAGUAAUGGAAACCAAACAUCCAACUAAAUCACAAGAAACAGAAGAUGAUAUACAAAAACAGGAGCAGAAACACGAAAAGGCUGCAACAGUGCAAACAGACAAGAAAUCAAAAGAUGUUGGGCUGCCAGACAAAGAAUUAAGAAGUCUUCAUGGAUGCAAGGAUGAUGAAGCUGGCCAAUUAAAGGGUCCAGAUAUUGAGGCAUUCAGAGCAAGAGAACAACUGAAGCCAAAAGAAUUGUCACUGGAUCUUCAUAAACAAAAAACAGAGAAGCCACCUUUGAAAGUACCUAAAGAAACGAGGGUAGCUGCAGAACCAACAAAAACAGAAAAAGAAGAAAAAGUAGAACCAGAGCAACGGCAACCAGAAGAACAAGAGGCACAAGAACAAAUGAUGCCAAUAGGUCCAAAAGAACUUGGGCAAAAGCAUAAGCAGGAUCGAGCCAGUGCACCCGAACAAGUGCUGGAAGCUGCACAAGAUAUUCGAUCAGAAACUGAAGAAGAGUUCAAGCAAUAUGAGCAUGAAGGGCAGGAAGAUAAGGAGCCUACAGUGGUACCAGCAUUUGAAAAGCCUAAGGCUGGUGAACUACCAAAAGCGAAAGAACCAAAACCAUGGGUUUAUGAAUUAUAUGAAGAUGAAGAUCACCAAUGGAUAGGUCCUGACAGAGAGCCAUCCAAAACAAGAAUGUCAAUAGAAUCAGAGGAAAAAUAUAAAAAUCUUCAGCAAGAAGAGGAAAUAAUAAAACAAAAGGCUGAGAAGCCAACUGAGAAAGCACAAAAACAACUAUUUCAAGUUGCAGAAUCAACAAGAUCGAACGCAGAAAAAGAAACAAAAAAGGAGGCAGAGCAAAUAGAAGAGCAAGAGGCACACGAAUACAAAAAGCCUGUCAUACAACCACCACACGAGGAAGUAAGUGCUAAGAAACUUUCAGAACCCAUCAAAACAGUGCAGGCGCAUGAGAAGGUUAGAGUCAAAGAACUUGACCAAAUACAUGAGGAUGAAGUGCAGGAGCAUGAGAAGUUUAUAGUAGUGCCAACAUAUGAGAAGCCUAAAGCUAGUGGGUUGAUAAAGAAGGAAGAACUAAAACCGGCGCUCCGUGUACUCAAUGAGGAUGAAGAAGACCGUUGGAAGAUAGCAGGCAUAAGCACACAAAAAAUCAAAGAAUCUCAAUACCUCCAUCAAGAACAGGUAAAAAAUAAACAAAACACAGAAAAGCCUUCAGUUAAAGCUCCUAGACAAAUCCUGACAGUUGAAGAACCGACAAAACAAGAAGAAAAAGAGGCAAAACAACAGAUGGAAAAACCAGAAGAGCAAGAGACUUCAGAACACAGAAACUCUACACUCCAGCCACCACAUGAGAAGCACGACAGUAAACAAUCAGAAGAAACAAAAAAGACGGAUAAAAAACAUAAGCCUAAAGUCAGAGAACUGGUUCAAGUGCUCGAAGCUGUAGAAGCUCAACCAGAAGAACAAGAGGGGUUAAAACAACAUGAGCAAGAAGUUCAGGGACAUGAGAAGGCUAUAGUAGUGCCAGCAUGUGAGAAGCCUCAAAUCAAAGAUGAAGAACAUUUUCAAUCAGAACAAAUCGAGAAAGUAUAUCAACAGGAUGAUCAAGAAUUGCAGAAACAAGAGAUACCUACAGUAAUGCCAACAAGUAAGAAGCCCAAAGCUUCUGAGUGUGCAAAAAAGGAAGCACCAAAACCACAGAUUUAUGAACUCCAGGAAUGUAAAAAUAACCAAUGGAUGGGUCCAGAUAUAGAGAAAUCCCCAAACAAAAAGUCGUUCAAACCAGGGGAAGAAUCACAACUUCCCCAGCAAGAACAGGAAAUCAUGAAACAAAAAGCUGAGAAGCCAACAAGCAAACGCCUUGAAGUAGCUAUAGAACCAACACAACCAGAAGAGGAAAAAGGAGCAGAAAGUGGGCUAGAGCAAUCCAAAGAAAAAGAGGUUGAAAGGGGAAAUAUACGCAGAAUGACAACUUAUGAAGAAAAAAUAGAGCAAGAAUUUCAGAUCUCUGUCGAAGGUCAUGACCAUGAGAUUAUUGCGGAGUCACAGGAGCCAGAAAAACAAGAAGAACCAAUACUAAAUGAAUCGACCACUUUAGAGAAAGAUUCUAAACCAAUGCUAGAAAUAGCAUUUGGGUCACCCUAUGAAACUCCUGAUAUAAUAGACUUUAGACCACUAGAAGAACUAGCGCUUCCAACUCCUAAGGCACCAAAAACCAAAGGGGCUCCAAAAAGACAAGAAAGUUCACGGAAAAAAGAACCAGAAGAAUUUGAGAAAUCCACUGCAGGGCCAGCAUUUAAGGCACCAAAAAUAAAAGAGUUCACAUCACCAGAAGAACAAAAGCAUGAUUUACCAGAACUGAAACAAUGGAUUCAUGGAUUUAAGGAAGAUGAAGAUCGCCAAUUGAAGGAUACAAAUAGAGAGGCAUUCGAAACAAGAGAGUCAAUGAAGCCAAAGGAAUUGUCACUAAAUCUUCAGAAACUAAAAACGGAGAAGCCAACAUUGAAGGCACCUCAAGAUAUGUCGAAAGCUGCAGAUCUAAUAAAAACUAGAAAAGAAGAAAAAGUAGAAACAAAGUUACAUCAGCUAGAAGAAUACGAGAAAGAAAAUGAACAGCAUGAGCAAGAUUUGAAGAAACAAGAGAAGGCUGCAGUAGUGCCAACAUGUGAAAAGCCCAAAGCUGCUGAAUAUGCAGGAAAGGAAGAACCGAAACAACAGAUUUGUGAACUUCAGGAAGAUAAAAAACAACUUCUCCAGCAAGAACAAGUAAUAAUGAAACAAAAAGCACAGAAGCCAACAAAAAAAGUACAGAAACGAUUUGAAGAAGCUACAGAACCAGCACAAUCAGAAGAUGAAGAAGAAGAAGCAAAACAAGAGCCAGACCAACCCAAUGAACAAGAAGCACAAGGGAGACAGAUACGAGGAAUGCCAACUUACGAAGUAGAACAAGAGCAAGAAUUUCAAAUCUCUGCAGAAGAAGGUCAUGACCAUGAGAUUAUUACAGAGUCACUAGAACCAGAAAAACAAGAGGAACCAAUACCCAAGGAGCCCACCACUUUAGAGAAAGAAUCUAAACCAAUGCUAGAACAUAUAGAAUCCAAAGAACAUCAGAAACCUGCAAUGGAGACACCCCAUCAAACUCCUGACAUUAUAGACUUCAAAACACCAGAUGAACUAGCGCUCACGACUCCUAUAGCACCAAAAAUCAAAGAAGUUUCAAGAAGACAAGAAACAUUUGAGAAGCCUGCAACAAAGCCAUCGUUUAAAACUCCAAAAAUAAAUGAGUAUAGAUCAUUAGAAGAAAAAGAGCAGAAAUUCCAAGCGCAAAAGAAAGUAGAUGAAAACAAGAGCCCUGAGCGACCUCAAAGAAAAGAUAAAGUAGAAUGGCCAAGAGAAAUACAAAGUGAAAUGCCAACUUACAAUGAAGAAAUGGAAAAACAAAUUCAACAAUUAGCUGAUGAAGAAAGUUUUGAACAUGAGAUCAUCUUGAAGUCACCAAAAAAAUUUCCAAAGCUAACAAAACCUGCGAACGAAGUUCAAAAACUUACGUUAGUGAAAGAGUUGGAGGAAUCAGAGAUACCAAAGCGAAAACUCUUACAAGCGGAGGAAAAAGCAGCGCCAGCAGCUCAAGGGUUUUCUACUUUGAAGGAACCAGAAACCGAAGCAGCGUUAGAAACACAAGAACCAGAACGCAAUCAACAAUCAAAAUACCAGAAAUUUGCAAAGGAGCCGUCCUACCAAGCAUCAGAAAUUACAAAUUUCAAAGGACCAGAAAAGCAAGAAUUACAAGAGAGAGAAGCAUCGGUGCACAAGAUACUUGAGCCAGGGAUUACAAAGAAGAAAGAAGAACAACAAAGAGAGCAGCUCGACAGAAAGCCAAAGAAAUGGGACAAAACCACAUUGUUUGAGUCAGAAACAGAGAGAUACAAGAUUCCAAUAGCAGAUUCACUGGAAAUCAAAGGGAUACCACAAUCACACGAACCUUAUGAGAAGCCUGGAGAGUCUCUACAUGUAGAAGCAGAAAUGCCAUUCAAACCUCCUGGGGAAACGAAAGCACAGGAGACAGCAUGUUCUGCUGUGGGGGCUCAGCUACCUGGUAAGCCGACAGUAGGUCCUUCCGAACAAGAAUCACAAACUAAACAAGCUACUGAUUCUUCAAUACCACGUAUACAGCAGACAGAAAGUAAGCAGACAAAAAAACACGAAGGACCGCUACGACAAUUCAUGGAGGAUGAAUCAAAAGACCAACCGGAACAACAAUUCAAACAAACCGAUGAGGAAGAAGCGCAGAAAAGAGCAAGUCCUCCUGAGCAGGAACUAGCAUGCAAUGGGGCGACACUAGAGCCACCGGAUCUAGCAGCACGUACGAACGCUGUGGUGGAAACUGUAAUGGAACAAAAGCUCUAUCGAGUUGAAGAAGGGGAACUUCAACAAGACAUAAAAUCGCCAAAAUCACAGAAACCUCCGCCUAUUCCUAGUGAGCUCGAGGGUGGACAAGUACCAGAACAUGAUGAGACUACAUUGGAGCCACCUAAACCGCUGCCCAGAGUAAGGGAGACAAUGGAGACAGGAUCACCGCCACUACCAACCAUGGAGAAAGAAGCAACGGAGCCAACUAUAACUCCGUCAAGGAUAAGAGGAGAAAUGGAGCCAGAAGAAUCACCGCUGCUACCAUCAUCCGAUGAAGAAACGAUGGAACGUGAGUUUCCUACCUUGAUUCAAAAGGAAUUGCAUCCCGGCAGUGAUCUUCAAAAUGCCGAGGAACAAAAAACGGCAUCGCGCCAAAUGCCAGAAUGCGAAGAAUCCGCAAAAGAGCAAGAAGGAAAAACCAAAGAACCACCACCGCCACAUAGAGCGCAAGAAGAAAUACAACGGCCUACCGAAGAUGACCUGCACAAGAUCUUCGAAGUUCCACAGCCGAUGAAAACAUGCGAACGGAAAUUCAAAAUCCAUGCACCCAAAGAACUGGAAGAGGAACAGGAAUCGAACCCUCCCUUGCCGCUUGAUCACGACAAAAAAACCCUAAAAGAAGAAAUUUCCAGCGAUGAAUUAGAAGCCUCAUGUGUGGAAAUGGACAAAAGCACAAAGGUGACAAAGCUGAGCAGUCCGCGCCGUUUUCAUUGCCGGUGCCGCAGCCGACGCCCAGCUUACCCCAUUCCUCCUUCCAGCCUCCUGUCGGGCUCCGCCUUCGUCGUUUCUAUUAUGGUACUCGUCUUCCAUUUUAUUAAGCGGGAAAAACCCAACUAG